AUGGUGGAAAAUUAUGUGGAGGUAUUUAUGGAUGACUUCUCUAUUUUUGGAGAUUCUUUUGAUGACUGCUUGAAUCAUCUUGAUGCCGUGCUAGCUCAUUGUGAAGAAACGAACUUGGUCCUUAAUUGGGAAAAAUGUCAUUUCAUGGUUCUAGAGGGGAUCGUCCUUGGGCACAAGAUAUCGAGCAAGGGAAUAGAGGUUGACAAGGCGAAGAUCGAAGCAAUUGAAAAAUUGCCACCACCCGUUUCAGUUCGGGGAGUACGCAGUUUUCUUGGGUAUACAGGAUUCUAUCGACGGUUCAUCAAAGACUUCUCUAAAGUUGCUAAUCCAAUGUGCAAGCUUUUAGAGAAAAAUAUGAAGUUCGUGUUUAAUGAAGCCUGUCUGACGGCUUUUGAUGAGCUGAAACGAAGGUUAGUGUUAGCCCCUAUUAUCAUCGCACCCGAUUGGUCUCUGCCGUUUAUUUUGAUGUGUGAUGCAAGUGAUUUUGCUGUGGGAGCUGUCCUUGGUCAGAAACGGGACAAGAUUUUUCAUCCUAUUUACUAUGCCACUUGUUGCAGUCUAGAUGAACUAUACUGUCACAGAGAAGGAGUUAUUGGCGGUUGUCUACGCCUUUGA